AGAUAAACCUGAGAUGUUUACUUUAAGUAUAAAAACGCAUUUUGGAGUUAAAUCUGAAACAAAUCAAGAUGAUUCAAACGACUCUACUAGUCGCCAUUUCCGUUUCUUUUGUCCUUUCGGCUCCACAAAUCAACCCAAAAGCUGAUGGGUGUUAUCUCGACGUGGUGGCAAACUCUCCAAGUGCCCCUUUGGUGGUAAAUUCGUCUUUGCUAUUUCCAACUCCCAUUGCGUCCAACACCACCCAAGUGUUUUUUGCCCAAGGAGAGACUUUCUACAUCGGGUGUCCUGGAGGCGACUUUAAUUAUCCUCUUUUGAAAAACGGAGAGCCGGCUCUGUGCCACAAGGACACAACAAUUUCGACUUUGAACAGCCAACAAAUCGUCGAUUUUAACGAAUUGUAUUGUAUUCUGGAUCAGAGAUUACGACCCGACCUUUUUGAACAAGUGACAAGUGAUGGGUGCGAAAAUGGGGGCAAAAUCCAGUCUGUUGGGUAUAGUAUUGACGAUCAAUGGGUCGAAACCUACAAGAUUUGUUACAACCCAACGGAAAUGAGUGUCUUGUAUGUGAAAUAUGUCACCAACCAAUGGAUGGACGAUUUGCCACGGUACGACCCCAAUGGGGUUUCUAAAGUCUGGUCUGGGAUUUUUCAAAUCGAUUUGGAACAAGUUUACAAUACCAUUGAACAAAGAAUUAACGAUUUGGGGGUUGCGACAGGCUACAUCACUAGUAGGUCUUAUCUGGAAGGGGGCUUUUUGGCCCCUUAUGACAACUUCUUGUCACCGUUUCAAAGAGACACGACUUUUGACAUGGCCAAUGCCCCUCUACAAUGGACAACUGUUACUUCCGGUAACUGGGAAGCAAUGGAAGAGUCACUACGUUGGCUAUUGACCCAUGGGAAAGACUUCGGGGACGUUACCAUCCUUGGUGGUACUCUCGGAGUAGCCGAUUUGCCCGAUAAUAAUGGAAACCCAAUCGACUUGUACCUGUUCGGUGGUAAUUCCUUACCAGUUGCAAGAUGGUUCUGGAAAUUGAUGCUCUCACCAUCCACCAGCAGUGGAAUUCUCUUCUUCGUUUACAACAACCCAUAUGUGCCUAAACCUCAAGUUGAUAAAGAAUUUUCGACCGAUUUGUGCGUAGACGAUGUGCUAGAAGAAAUUUCAUGGGUAGAUGGCAUCGAUAAUCUUAAUCCUUAUUCAGGAUUUAUCUACGCGUGUGUUUUGGACCUCUCGAAUAUUAUUAACCCGACAAUGUAUGAAGUUUUGCACAAUUUGUUGCCACAAAAACGGGGUUUGACCAUUCCCAAAUCCACGAUGGUACAAAAAGUGCAAAAAGUUGAAGAAAAAACACAAAUAAGUCAAAAACGAGUCGCUAAAGUUUUUAAUUCUACAAAAGUUUAACUCUUUGUAUACCAAAAACGACACUAAAAUGGCUUCAGCACUAAUUUUUUUUAAUUAUUUUUGUCAAUAAAUUUUUUUUUGCAGG